AUGGCGAACCUGCUCCGCGGCACGGCAUUCAUUACAGGAGCUGCUUCAGGUAUUGGCCAAUGCACAGCAUAUGCCCUGGCAAAGCAUGGCGUCAAACGACUGGCCCUUUGCGAUAUUCGACCAGAAGCACUGAAAGAUACGACCGAGCGACUCAAGACGAAUCACCAGGAUGUAGAAGUCCUCAAUGUCGAGAUGGACACGAGUCGAGAAGACUCAGUCAAGUCUGCUGUCAACCAAACCGUCAAAGCCUUUGAUCGGAUCGAUAUUGCAAUCAACAACGCAGGCAUCGCCGGAACCCCAAAACCCUCCCACGAAAGUACACUCGACGAUUUUCAGAAAGUCGUUUCUAUCAAUCUGAAUGGUGUCUGGCUAUGCCAAAGAUCUCAGAUCUUGCAAAUGCUCACACAAGAAUAUCUGUCUCCCGCUCCGAGAGGGAGUCGAGGUGUGAUCGUCAAUGUGGCUUCGAUGUUAGGCCUCGUCGCUUCUAGCCCGGGCACGCCUGCUUGUGCAUACGUAACGACAAAACACGCCGUCAUGGGCCUCACGAAAACAGAUGCCGUGACUUAUGCGAAAGAUGGCAUUCGGAUCAAUGCCAUUUGUCCGGGAUAUAUUGCAACUCCUCUACUAACAUCUGCCACUGCAGCUGGAGUCAUGAGUGAAGAGGUUGCGAAGGUGCCUAUGAGGAGAUUGGGGGAAAUGCAAGAGAUUGCAGAUGCCAUCACAUUUUUGAGUGGCGAGAUGAGUAGUUUCAUGUGCGGGAGCGGGCUAGUGGUCGAUGGGGGGUAUACAGCUCAGUGA